UCAACAGCUUGUUAUUUGGUGGAUUGUGGCAGUAAAUCGGGGCGAGUGGGGGAACCCGGCGCAGGAACUGCCGCCGCGACCGGGAGUGGUGCUGCCCGGACGGGGGCCCACGGCGAUCGGUGGGGCGGAGGACUUGAGGGCUGACAGCGCACACUUCACCCGCAGUAGCGACUGGGAAGAUAACUCAUUGAGCUGGAACCCCACCGAUCACCAAUAAAAAUGAAGGCGGCGGAUGAGCCGGCCUAUCUCACAGUGGGAACGGAUGUCAGCGCCAAGUACCGAGGUGCCUUCUGUGAGGCAAAGAUUAAAACUGUGAAAAGGCUAGUGAAAGUGAAGGUACUCCUGAAGCAGGAUAAUACAACACAAUUGGUUCAAGAUGACCAAGUAAAGGGUCCUUUAAGAGUCGGAGCGAUUGUUGAAACAAGGACAUCUGAUGGAUCCUUUCAGGAAGCUAUUAUCAGCAAGUUGACAGAUGCUAGUUGGUAUACUGUUGUAUUUGAUGAUGGUGAUGAGAGGACAUUGAGACGCACCUCACUUUGCCUGAAAGGGGAGAGACAUUUUGCCGAGAGUGAGACACUAGACCAGCUUCCAUUAACAAAUCCAGAGCAUUUUGGAACUCCAGUUAUUGCGAAGAAGACAAACAGAGGAAGGAGGUCUUCACUUCCUGUUACUGAAGAUGAAAAGGAAGAGGAGAGUAGUGAAGACGAAGAUGUAGAUAAGCGCCGUCUUAAUGAUGAAUUAUUAGGAAAAGUUGUAAGUGUGGUAUCUACGACUGAGAGGCCUGAGUGGCAUCCUGCUUUGGUAAUAUCUCCUAGCUGUAAUGAUGAUGUCACAGUGAAAAAGGAUCAAUGUUUAGUUCGAUCAUUUAUUGAUGCUAAAUUUUACUCUGUAGCAAGAAAGGAUAUUAAGGAAGUAGACAUUCUCAAUCUGCCAGAAUCUGAACUCUCCACCAAACCAGGGCUGCAGAAAGCAAGUGUCUUCCUAAAAACCAGAAUUGUUCCUGAUAAUUGGAAAAUGGAUAUAAAUGAAAUCCUUGAGUCUUCCAGUAGUGAUGAUGAAGAUGGCCCAGCUGAAGAAAAUGAUGAAGAGAAGGAAAAGGAAGCCAAAAAGGAAGAAGAGGAAGUGCUUGAGGAAGAACUUGAUCCUGAAGAGAGGGACAACUUCCUCCAACAGCUUUACAAGUUUAUGGAAGACAGAGGUACUCCAAUCAAUAAACCACCAGUUUUGGGCUAUAAAGACCUUAAUCUCUUCAAACUCUUUAGACUGGUUUACCAUCAAGGUGGAUGCAACAAUAUUGAUAGUGGUGCUGUAUGGAAGCAAAUUUAUAUGGACCUUGGCAUUCCGAUUUUGAAUUCAGCUGCUUCCUACAAUGUAAAAACUGCUUAUAGAAAGUAUCUAUAUGGUUUUGAAGAAUACUGCCGUUCUGCAAAUAUUCAGUUCAGAACUAUUCACCACCAUGAACCAAAAGUAAAAGUGGAGAAAAAAGACAUAGAAGAACCAAUGGAAGAGGCUCUAAAAGUUGAUCAAGAAAUGCCUUUAAUAGAAGUGAAAAGUGAGCCUGAAGAAAAUAUUGAUACAAACAGUGAAAGUGAAAGAGAAGAGACAGAAUUAAAAUCUCCAAGAGGACGAAGGAAGAUUGCUCGAGAUGCAAAUUCUAUUAAGAAAGAAACUGAAGAAGAGAAAACAGAGGACAAAUUAAAAGAUGAUACAGAAAAUAAGGAUCUAGAGGAUGACUAUGAAACUGCAGAGAAAAGAGAAAAUGAACUACUACUGGGGAGAAAAAAUACACCAAAGCAAAAAGAAAAGAAAAUUAAAAAGCAAGAGGAUUCUGAAGGAGACUCAGAUGAAGAGGAAGAGAAGAGCCACGAGAGGGAAGAAUCUGAAAGCAAAUGUGGCUCUGAAGGAGAAGACGACGAUGAGGACGCAGAGCCCUGCCUAACAGGAACCAAAGUGAAAGUCAAAUAUGGACGGGGGAAGACACAGAAAAUUUAUGAAGCCAGCAUUAAAAGCACUGAAAUUGAUGAUGGAGAAAUCUUGUACUUGGUACAUUACUAUGGAUGGAAUGUCAGGUAUGAUGAAUGGGUGAAGGCUGACAGGAUAAUUUGGCCUUUGGACAAAGGUGGACCAAAGAAAAAACAAAAGAAGAAAGCAAAAAAUAAAGAAGAUAGUGAAAAGGACGAAAAGAAGGAUGAAGAGAGGCAGAAAUCCAAACGUGGACGACCUCCUUUAAAAUCUGCCCUUUCAUCAAACAUACCUUACAGUUUAUCUAAGACAACAAACAGUGAAGGAAAAUCAGACUCUUUUUCAUCUGAUAGUGAAACAGAAGACCCUUUAGAAAAGAAUUUGAUAAAUGAAGAACUUUCUCUUGAUAUUAAAGAAGAAAUAGAAAAAAAUGACAGUUUAUGUGAUGACAAACUAGAUGAAGAACAUCCAAAGAUUGUACAUAAUUUAAAGGAAAAUGAUAGGAUUCAAAUGCAGCCCUUGGAAACCAUGAAGUUAGAAGUUGCAGAGAAUGAGCAAAUAGUACAAAUUUUUGGAAACAAAGUAGAACAAGAAGAACUUAAGAAAGAGGCAGAAAAAUCUCCUAAAGGAAAGGGAAGACGAAGCAAGGCAAAAGAUCUUUCUUUAGAAAUUAUAAAGAUUUCAUCAUUUAGCCAAGAUGAUGCAGGAAGUGAACCUCACAUAGAAGCACAUAGUCUUGAAUUUUCUUCAUUAGAAAGUAAGAACUUUUCUUCAGCUACAGAAGAUGAAAUUGACCAAUAUGGAAAAGAAAAAAAGUUGAAACGGAAACUCAUAGGACAGUCAUCACCAGAGAAAAAAAUAAGAAUUGAAAAUGGAACGGAGAUGACAAAUAAUGUAUCUCAAGAAAGGACCAGUGAUUGUCUUGGCUCUGAGGGAGUAAAUAACUUAAACUUUGAACAGCACUUUGAAACCGAAAAUGAAGGAAUGCCAUCAUUAAUAGCAGAGUCAAAUCAGUGCAUCCAAGAACUGACCAGUGAAAAAUUGGAUAGUCCAGCUGAAGAAAUUGUAAAUACUUCACUAAAAGAAGAGGAGGAUGCAAUGCCCCUGAUUGGGCCUGAAACCUUGGUUUGCCAUGAAGUAGACUUGGAUGAUUUAGAUGAAAAGGAUAAGACCAAUAUGGAGGAUGUAGUAGUUGAAAGCUCUGAGUCGAACUCGCUUGUUUCUAUUCCACCCACUUUGCCUCCUGUAGUGCAUAACUUUUCAGUAGCUUCACCUCUUACUCUUAGUCAAGAUGAGUCUCGAAGUGUGAAAAGUGAGAGUGACAUAACAAUUGAGGUUGAUAGCAUUGCUGAAGAAUCUCAGGAAGGCCUUUGUGAGAGGGAAUCAGCAAAUGGGUUUGAAGCCAGCAUUGCCCCUAGUACCUGUAGUAUAAUUGUACAAGAAAGAGAAAGCAGAGAGAAAGGUCAGAAAAGACCAAGUGAUGGACAUAGUGGAUUAAUGGCAAAAAAACAAAAGCGAACUCCAAAGCGAACAAGUGCUGUAACCAAAAAUGAAAAGAAUGGAGCAGGACAAAGCAGUGAUAGUGAAGAUCUUCCUGCAGUAGAUAAUUCUAGUAAAUGUACUCCAAUGAAGCAUAUUACUGUAUCUAAGCCACAGAAACUUGCACGAUCCCCAGCAAGAAUCUCGCCUAACAUCAAAGAUGGAGAAAAAGAAAAACACAGAGAAAAACAUCCAAAUUCAUCCCCUAGGACAUAUAAGUGGAGUUUUCAACUCAAUGAAUUAGAUAAUAUGACCAGUACAGAGAGAAUAUCUUUUCUCCAAGAAAAACUCCAGGAAAUCAGAAAAUACUACAUGUCUUUGAAGUCUGAAGUUGCAACCAUAGACAGGAGGAGAAAAAGAUUAAAAAAGAAAGACAGAGAAGUGUCUCAUGCUGGAGCCUCCAUGUCAUCAGCUUCAUCAGACACUGGAAUGAGUCCCUCAUCAUCAUCUCCCCCACAAAAUGUACUUGCUGUGGAAUGUAGGUGAUAAACAUUUUACCUGCUUUCUCAGCAGUUUGCUGCCAUGGACAUUAAUUCCCAAACCCUGAAAUACAACCACAGAAAGCACUCAACUGGUUUGACAUUGCUAAGUAUAUCCUGUAUAUUUUCCAGGCUGGAUUGUAUCUCUUCCCUUCUCUCUCUUUUUUUCUUGUUGCAAAAAAUAAGCUGAUAAAUAAUUGAAGGUUAGGCAGCCUGCCAUAUUUGUCAUAAUUUUUUCUUCUUUAUUUUUUCCAUUUUUUGUGAUAUAGAAAAAAAGGGCACUUAGCAAAUUUGAAUUUGUAUAAUAAAGCUUUCAGGAGUUAUAGGAAUCAUAGAUAAGCAAGUGCACAUGAUAAAACACCAAAAUAUUAUCUGGCUGAAUAGUUACUGCUGCACUUUCACUAAGAUGUAUUGAACCCUUGGAGAGUAGGAGGUUUAAGUUGUGGGGGUUUUUUUGUUGUUGUUGUUAUGUUGUUGAUGUUGUAUUAUUUU